AUGAGUCUAGGUCGUCUUUCUGCCUUUACUUACCAGGCGUUGAGGAAUGCUCGUCCUUUCUCAAGCACCUCGUCCAAGUAUUCAGAAGACCAGCCAAAUCUCUUCCCACCCGAGGUGAACCCAGAUGCUGCUCAAAACAGACCCAGAAGACAGAGACCUGGGUAAGUUUUCUUGCGUAAAAAAGACAAGAUCUUGAAUUUUGUUGUUUUUAGGUAUAUUUUAUGCAUCAAGAAGAUGAAUAAGAUUCUUCAUUUUAGUUCAAUGUUUUCAGAAUCAACUCAGUUCAUCUUCUCGGUGGCGUGGCCAAUAAUCCGCUUCAGAGAGUCGCCAGAAAUGGAAAGGAGUUCUGCACGUUUGAUAUGUUCACCAACUUGGAACAAAGAAGAGCUGAUGGAUCUUUUACAGAACACACCGACAUCCAUCACGUUGUGGCUCACGGUCCGUUGUCACGAUACGUCCUCGCAAAUGUUCAAAAAGGUUCGAAUUUCAAUUGUCGGCAUUUUCAGAUAAUGUUGACUUGAUGGUGUUACAGUAUGAAUGUGCUAUUUUUAGGAACCCGGGUUAUUGUCCAAGGUCGCCUGACCUACACUGGAGGCCAAACCAAUGUCAGUGGAGGUCUAGUACCGCAGAAGGCGGUAGUGAAUGCUGAUAUUAUUCAGCCGAUCGCUCGUUCCACACCAACGCAAAGACCCGAAUAA